GGGGGAGCGAGAGUGAGAGAGUGGCUGAGUGAGUUUACCCCUAUGAGGCGGUGAGAGGCCCGGGGCUUCCCUCGGAGGAGCGGGGUCGCGGCGCCGGCUAGCAGCGGGCCCCCUCCCGGUCCCCGGGCCCGGCGGCGCGGCGGCAGCUUGCUGGUGAGGAGGCGGGGAGGUGAGCGUCCGUCCGGCCCCCGCCAUGGAGGGCAUGGACGUGGACCUGGACCCGGAGCUGAUGCAGAAGUUCAGCUGCCUGGGCACCACCGACAAGGACGUGCUCAUCUCCGAGUUCCAGCGGCUGCUCGGCUUCCAGCUCAACCCGGCCGGCUGCGCCUUCUUCCUGGACAUGACCAACUGGAACUUACAAGCAGCAAUUGGCGCCUAUUAUGACUUUGAGAGCCCAAACAUCAGUGUACCCUCUAUGUCCUUCGUUGAAGAUGUCACCAUAGGAGAAGGAGAGUCAAUACCUCCUGACACUCAGUUUAUAAAAACAUGGCGAAUCCAGAAUUCUGGGGCAGAAGCCUGGCCUCCAGGGGUUUGUCUUAAAUAUGUUGGAGGAGACCAAUUUGGACAUGUGAACAUGGUGAUGGUGAGAUCUCUAGAGCCCCAAGAGAUUGCAGAUGUCAGCGUCCAGAUGUGCAGCCCUAGCAGAGCAGGAAUGUAUCAGGGACAGUGGCGGAUGUGCACUGCUACAGGACUCUACUAUGGAGAUGUCAUCUGGGUGAUUCUCAGUGUGGAGGUGGGUGGACUUUUAGGAGUAACACAGCAGCUGUCAUCUUUUGAAACGGAGUUCAACACACAGCCACAUCGCAAGGUAGAAGGAAACUUCAACCCGUUUGCCUCUCCCCAAAAGAACCGACAAUCAGAUGAAAACAACCUAAAAGACCCUGGGGGUUCCGGGUUCGACUCGAUCAGCAAAAACACAUGGGCUCCUGCUCCUGACCAAACUGAGCAAGAUCAGAAUAGACUCUCACAGAACUCUGUAAAUCUGUCCCCCAGCAGUCACGCAAACAACUUAUCAGUAGUGACUUACAGUAAGGGGCUCCACGGGCCUUACCCCUUCGGCCAGUCUUAAACGGGUGUCAGCAAGAAGAAAAAUUAACAAAAGACAGAAGGCCCGACUUUGGGGGGCGGGGGGAGGGCAAGGGGUUCCUCUGGAUUACAGACCACAUGGCACGGUCCCUGGCUCUGAUCCUCCCCCAUCCUGGACGAAGAGGAAGAAGCAGAGCAGGCUCGUUUUGAGUAAACUCAGUAUGCAUGUAUGAACGCUGGAUCGCAGGAGUGGUGUUGAGGCUACCAAGAAGAAGUCUGUGCAGCCACCUUGGGUUCUGGUUAUUAGGCGUCAGUCGAACGACUCAUUAGGUCACUCGGGAAGGGGAAAAUAAGCCAUCUUUUUAAACAAAAAUUAUUUUGCCUACGGAAAGGUUGUAGUUUUGAGCACAGUUAAUUCCCCCCCUCCCCGUUUUUUUGUGUUUUUUUUUUUUUUUUUUAAUAAGGGAUAACAUGCUCUCUAUAGAAUAGUGUUUGCUCUGGAAGCGAUUCAGGCUGCAGCUGGCGUGGCAUGUUUGGGGACUGUGUGGGUCAGUGCUGCAGAAGCACAUCACUGUGUCAUCUGACUCCAGAGUCUAACCCCAGUGUUUAUCGUGGCAUCAGCCAAUGAAUUGUCACCCUUCCUCCUCUUUUCACUUUAAUCUUGUGUUGAUUUACACCUUUGACAGUUGUAUUUGUCAACCCUUUGGCUUGUUCGCAUCAGAACCUUUCUGAAGACCAAACUUCCCUGUGUGGCCGGCAGAGGAGGCCUUGGGGACGGUGCCGGCUGAUGGGGUUUGAGGCCGGAGGUGUCCGUGUGCGCACAUGUGUGACAAUUCAGGUUGCUUUCUCCCAUGUUUCUCUUGGCAGAAGGAAAUGCCAUCACGUUUUUGUUCUCUUGCGGCUCCCCGUUUGCUCUGGGAACAGUACCUCUGUGCUGGCUGGGUGGGUGUGCCACAUGCACAUGGAAGGGCAGCUCACCAGCAGGUGUGCAACAGACAAGUGUGGAGCGGGUCCCAUCCCAUGCCUCUCUGGUCACAUAGCUCCCUUCUCUGUUCCCUGCGGUUGUCCUUCGUUGGUGUCCCCACCGCCCGUGUCUGGAGGCUGAGCAGCCCUGAGUGGGGAGCUUGUUCUGGGAAAUGGCCACUGACUACUUGGUCUUGGAGACCAUAAAUAAUUUAGAUAGGCCUGGAAGGGGAUCUCCGCUAGCACAGGGCUUAGCUGAGCGGGAGCAGGGGCUGGCUGCUCACGGGCCUGGUUGUCCCACCCGUGUCCUCUGGAUGCUGAGCAGGCCGAGCCGUGGGUGUCUUCCACGAGGAACUUGCACAGGUGAGAACAGCUGUCUGCCAAAGAUACAUGAAUAUGCAAAGUCCCUCUUCCCUUCUCAACCCCCCUUCCCUAGAGUUGUGGUUGGUUUGAGAGCCAGGGAUGUGGGUCUAGGGUAUGGUUGCAGGGUCCCCUGCCUGUUAGCAUGCCCCCCCCUCCCCCGGGGGGUGUGAGCAAAGCAGGGAGACCAUGGGGUGAGUGGCUGCCAGGGGUCCUGUAGCCUGGGUGUGGGUGAUGGUCUGCCUGCCUGUCUGUCUCUGUCUGGGUGUGAGUUCCCCCCAAAAAAGCGUGGUGUUUGUUCCUCCUCAUCCUCUUCUGAGACUGUUUUUAAACACUUGAUUGUGAGACAAAGCUUGUAUGAAAUUUCCCCUGUCCUCUCCUCUUCCCCCAAGCCCAAAGCUUUGGCUCGCAGGAGACAGGGCCUAGAAGAGCAGUAUGGCUGGGGUGGCCUGGGGCUUCUCUGGAGUGCACAUGGUUCCCGUCCCCUAGCACAGCCAAGGGAAGUCCGCACCAGGGGCCCACUCCACAGGGCACAGGACGGCUUUUGUCUGAAGGCCCUUGUGAACCCAGACUGCUGCUGCUCUAGGUGCCAGUCAUUUGUGGCCUCAGAGCAGCUCAUCUUCAGCCUCCCUGGCAUCCCCAUCUCCCCUCCCCCCCAGGUGCCCUUCCUGUUUGCCAGCACUGGUUUUCCGCUUCAAUUCAGCAGAGCCUUCAUCAGCCACCACCAGUCCAGCCCUGCCUGUCAUCCUGCUGGUCUUCCUGUUUGUGGGCCACCUUGCUUGGAAAGCGAAAUGUCUCAGGCACUCUGGCUGCCUUUCCAAGAACGAGCAGUUUCCGUGUCUGUCUUUGUAGAAAUGAGCUCCUUGCAGAGGGCCAGAGCAAGUACAAGCGUGGUGCGUGGCUUUCCCGGGGCCAGAGGAGGGUCUCGGUGCCACUCAUUCUCCCUCCCCACACUGGUGCGGCUUCUUAGAACGGCCUAGAGUUCCUCUUUAUUCCCUGCCUGGUAGGGUGGCGGGCAGUCGCCUCCACCACGGAGCAGGACCGCCAGUGUCUGACACCCUCGCGGCGAGCAGCGCCAGCCUGCGGAGAUCUGUGAUCUGGGCUGAAGCCCGGUGGGGAAGACUGUAGGUUUGGGAAGAACCUGUCUGUGUGCAUGGAGUGAGGUGUGUGUGCGCGUGCGUGUGUGUGUGUGUUUGGAUGUGUAUGCACGUGUGCAUGCCUUUUCUUUUUGCCAUGGGGCAGAUGAAUUUGGGGCAUUUUUCUAGAACAGCCUUCUCCCCGUAGUAAGGCCUGGUUGUAACUCUAAGCCCAUUAGAGGCUCUUCCGGCCUGGAGAGAACCUCAAGCCCGUGGCCCAAGGGUGGCCGGGGGGAAUUGGGUGUUAGGGUAAAAACCCCCAAAUUCAGCCUGAGCCCUGAAAGGAGAGGAUGGAAGGGUCGCUAGGGCCCAGAGAGUGAGCUGCCCUCCCCCAGCCUCGCUGUCCUGGGCGGCCUCUGGAUGUGGGGGCCGCACUGGCUCCCCUCCCCCUGGGCUGGGCGGGUGUCUGGUGGGCCUCACGGUGCCUAGGAGGAGAGGAAGAGGAGGAGGUUUUCCUUACUGUAUAAAUGAAUAUUUGUAUGAUUAAAUUAACACACACAAAAAGCUUU